GUUGUGGGGGUGCUGGGUGUUGGAGUGACUGUGGGAGUGGGUGGUUUCCUUUUCCUGCCCUGUUUCCAGAGACAAAGUUCGCUUUUUUGGAGUAAAGGAGGGAGCUUUACUCUUGGCACUCUCUCUACAAUUGGAAAGAGUGGGCUUUGGGUGUUAAAGAUCAUAUUUUGUUGUGUGGAGGAUUAUUGGUGUGGUUUCUUCGAGUGAUGGGUAAUGUUAGUAGUGUUAGGGAGGAGGGGCAACAAGUUAAGGUUGAGGAAGGGGAGGGUAGGAGCUCUCUUGCACACAGAGGUUAUGAGGAGUUGAUGGGGCAGAGCCCUCCUCAAAGCCCAAUGGGUGCAGGGCAAUCACCUCCUUUGAUCUUUAAUCCUCAGACCCCAAUGGUUCCGCUUCAGAAAGUGGGGGAGAUGUAUUGUCAAAGCAAUUUAUGUCCUCGUAAUUCCGUUGACGAGGAAAGUUUCUAUGAAGAAGGAAUUCCGACAAUGAUUACUUGGAGCCAUGGUGGCAGGGAAGUCUUUGUCGAAGGUUCCUGGGAUAACUGGAAAACAAAGAAGCUCUUGCAAAGAUCGGGCAAGGAGUUUGCCAUAAUGAAAGUCCUCCCUUCGGGCUACUACCAGUAUAAAUUCAUUGUCGAUGGAGAGUGGAAGUACGCUCCCGACAUGCCGUGGUUUCGUGAUGCCGCCGGGAAUGUGUACAAUAUCUUAGACAUUAAGGAAUACGUUCCCGAUGACCUUGGAAGCAUCGCGGGUUUUGAGUCGCCUCAAUCUCCUGAAUCAAGCUACAACAACUGGCUGCUCGGGCCUGAAGAUUUCGCAAAGGAGCCCCCGGCGGUCCCUCCGCAGCUGCAGCUCACCAUUCUUAACUCUCCAACCAACGUAAACAGCUCGUCGUCCUCUCUCUCGAGGCCUCCGCAUGUCGUGCUCAACCAUCUCUACAUUCACAAGAACUUUUCUCCUGUGGUGGCGCUCGGAUCGACGAGCCGGUUUCUCGCCAAGUAUGUCACAGUGGUCCUCUACAAGUCCCUGUAGAGGUAAUAACAGUGUACCUGUAGUUGUUGAUGCAUGCAGAUCGUUCUAAAAAAUGCGCUUGGGAGUCGGAGUUUUUUUGCCGUCGAGGGAUAUAGUUAUGUUGUGUUCAGUGAAAGAAACUGAAGGGUUUGCAUGCUCAGAAUUUGCAUAGAGAAAUUGGCAAAUAAGUUAAAUGUAGUGCUUUUUGUAUUGUGCUAUGCGACGGUCCCAUUUUUUUCCUUUUUAUGGCUAAUCUUUUUAAUGUGUAUUUCGCUGUUAAAAUUGAGAUGGGUUAUGUUAGGGCUGAGAGAUUUUUAAGUUUUUUUUGUUUUUUGUUUUUGACAGAGUUUGAUUUUGAGUAGAAUGCAACUUUAUUGUA